AAAGAAGAAUAGAUGUAAUCUUGUCAUCACAUGACGUUUCAAUUUAUGUUGUGAUUUGUCAAAUUUUUAAUUAAAUUCCUCAGUUCACAUUUUUCAUAUCCCUGUAAAUUUAGGUUAUUUAUAAAUAUAUAUGUAGAAAUUAUUUAAUGAAAAGAUGAGUACGAAAGCGAAAACAGUAGAGAGAAAUGGAGCUGCCAAAUCCAAUUUGCCAUCAGUGUGGACUAGAGCUUUUACAUCAAACUCAGAAUGGCCAGAUAAGGAAGAAUUUUUGGAUGUCAUAUACUGGUACAGACAAAUAUUAGGUAUAAUACUAGGAAUAAUUUGGGGACUAAUACCUUUAAAGGGCUUGCUAGGACUGAUGCUAUUUGCCCUCAUAAAUGCAGGUAUAAUGUAUUUCUACUUUAAUAGUUUUCAAAAUGUUGAUGAAGAUGAGUAUGGAGGAGCCUGGGAAUUAACAAAAGAAGGAUUUAUGACUUCUUUUGCAGGGUUUUUGGUUACAUGGAUAAUCAUUUAUUCCGGACUAUAUUAUGAAGUAGACAAAUUUUCAUAAAGAUUUCCUUCAUUUUUCAUUCCAACCCAAUAAUUUAUAAUAUCAGCCUUUUUUAAAUUUGCAAAAUUUUUGUAAUAGUGACCAUUGUAGAAACUGUAUCAAUUUAGAAAAAGAAGAGGUAGCAAUUUUUUACCUAUUUCCAGUUUUAAAUAAGAUAUUACAAUCAGUGGAUAUAAGAUUUUCCUACUCGACUGAUUACCUGUUAUGGAUAUGAAAAUAUAUUGUUUUUAAUAAACUCAUUUUCUUUAUAA